UGCACCUCCACAUCAUGCAAAUUAAGAAGAGCCAAGGCGUCGCAGAGUUGUUAACGCUUUACAACGCACGGCGCUGCGAGGACAGAAGGUUACAGAUCACACCUUUGUUAUUGUGGUGUAUGCCUGUGCAGUAAAAACAAAAAUAAAUCUGACGUUUUAUUGCAAGGCACCCGACUUUUUUUUCCCCCUUCCCAAUUCCUUUAAACUGGGAAUUUAAACCCAAUCAUUCUGGGGAAGGUGGCGGAGGACCAGUUUUGCUCAUCUCGCUGGUAUCAGAGGGGAAAGUUUUUUUUUUUCUUUUUUCCACGCGUGUGACAGCGUGUCAGUGACCGGGACAAGCGGAGACUUGACUCUUUCUCGAGGAAGAAGUUCACCCUCGGCGCUGAGAGACUUGCGCACCGAUGGAGUAAUCUACCGCGCGCUGUUAUUUGGAAUAGCUUUUUCACCAUCACUUUUUAUUGGUAUCACAGAGCAUCAUGUUGCCGCCCUGCAUCGUUUUUGUCACCUUGUUUUUAAGGGGGGCCCAAUCUCAAGAUUCCCAUCCCUUGAAGCCGUCGACUUCCAUUAGCGAGUCUUGUGACUCCUUGUGCUCUUGUGAGACAAAGGACGGUAUCUUCUAUAUCAACUGCGAGCAGAGAAACAUCAGCGCAAUCUCACAAAUAAAUGUUCUGUCAAAUGUGCCCUUCCAUUUGAACCUUUACAAUAAUGACUUGGUUGAGCUUCGUGCAGAAGAAAUGGAAGUGCUCAAGAAUGCCCUUUCCCUACAUGUCGGCGGUAAUAGCAUACAAGAGCUGGAACCCGGAGUCUUCAGUGCCCUUGCUUCACUAAAAAAACUCCACAUCAACAGAAACUUCCUGGUCACUCUCAAAGAGGACACUUUUCAAGGCCUGGGGAAUUUAGAGUUUCUCCAAGCAGACACAAAUUUCAUUCGAGUCAUUGAACCAGGGGCCUUCAACAAACUGAUUCGCCUCAAGGUCCUAAUCCUUAAUGAUAAUUCCAUUGAGUUUUUACCAAAUAACAUUUUUCGUUUUGUGCCUCUCACCCACCUGGACCUACGAGGCAAUAAACUCCAGACGCUGCCUUAUGUCGGGUUUUUAGAGCACAUCGGCCGGAUUAUGGAACUACUCUUGGAGGACAAUGACUGGGAGUGUGACUGCGAUAUAUUGCAUUUAAAAAUCUGGAUGGAGAAUAUGAGGGGCCAGUCUGCUAUUGGGGAGGUGGUUUGCAGCACACCACACAACUUCAAGGGGAGCAUCCUUGCUAAAGUCAAGCGCGAAGUUCUCUGUCCAUCCCACGCCGAUAUCAAUUUAGAAGAGCCCUCUAAGUCACUGGAUAUGGUUGUUACACCAUCAUCCAAAGGAGCACAGAUUCCCAAGUUGACUGACGGCAAAGACGACGCCAAGCAACCCACACCAUCUCACAUUCCGGGUAGUCCUUGUGUAGAGCAUUGUUCGUGUCAUAAUUACCCGGUGGCAGGGUUUUUGAUGCAUUGUCAAGACAGAGGAAUACAAAAGGUGUCAGAUAUCGGAGUACCUCCUCAAAGCCCGACAAAAUUGGUCAUGACGGGAAAUAUGAUUCAGAAACUCUACAGGUAUGACUUUGUCACACACGAUGGCUUAGAAUUGCUCAAUCUGGCAAACAAUAGAAUUGAUUACAUUGACAAUGAGACUUUCCUUAGCUUGAACAGUUUGAAAAAACUGCAUUUGAAUGGCAACCGGAUUGACAAACUGCAUUCCACCAUGUUUGUGGGUCUCCACAAUCUAGAGUAUUUGUAUCUGGAAUAUAACCUUAUCAAGGACAUUGCUCCGGGCACAUUUAAUCCCCUGCCAAACCUUAAUCUGUUGUCAUUAAACAACAACCUGCUCAGUUCUCUUCCUCCACAGAUAUUUCGCAAUGCACCCCUCACCAAAUUGAAUCUGAGGAAAAAUCUGUUUAUGCACCUGCCAGUGAGCAAUGUGCUUGAUCAAUUAGACUCAUUAGAGCAGAUUUAUUUAGAGGACAACCCUUGGGACUGCAGCUGUGACUUGUUUAGCCUGAAACAGUGGGUGGAAAAACUGAGAAAAGACACAGUAGUGGGCUCCGUUUUAUGCCACACCCCAAAGAAAGUGAUGCAGGCUGAUCUGCGAAGCCUUCGUCACAAAGUGCUAUGCGCCGGUUUGGAUACCCAGUCCUUGGAUACAGAUGGAGAGGAAAGCGUGACCGCCACGCUGGGCCCCGAUGGCACUGGCAGAGGCUUGCUCAAAUCCCUCACAGACACCGUCCCACUCUCUGUGCUCAUCCUUAGCCUUCUUGUUUUGGUCCUGAUGAUUAUAUUCUGCUCAGCUGGGCUGGUUGUGUUUAUGGUGCACAGGCGCCGCCGCAGAGCAAAAAGAAAAGUAGCAGGAGAUCAUCCAAGAGAAAACAGCAGCAGCCCAAUCCAUUUACAUUAUAGCAUGUAUGGGCAGAAAACAACACACCAUACUCUGACACAAAGAGCUGGGUCUGCCUCACUGUACGAAGAGAGAUCGCACAGUCCCAUCGUGCAGAUAUGUCGCAACCCCACCUACUGCUCUCAGCACAAAGAUCACGAUACCGAUCUGGAUUAUGGGCUGGACCAAUCCAGCUCCAAGAAUCAUGUCUGCCGAAGUAUCAUGGAGAAAGAGAACACCUCCCCACUUACAGGAAACCCGAGCUCCAAGUUCAAACCCAUGGCAGGGGAAUGCCCGGCUGAGUUUGUUACGCUUGGAGACCCCAACUCCUUGUAUAGGAAUAUCUUGGAGCGAGAGAAAGACUUGCAGCAGCUUGGAAUAACCGAAUACCUUCGAAAAAACAUGGCCCAUCUUCAGCCUGCUGUAGAAAGACAUGUCCCAGGGCACCAGCAGGAGUUAAAGUUAAUGGAGACAAUCAUGUACUCCAGGCCGCGCCAGGUUAUGCUCGAGCAAACUAAGAAUGAGUACUUUGAACUCAAAGCCAAUUUACAUACUGAGCCAGACUACCUGGAAAUUGUAGAGCACCAACCGGCAUAAAACUGAGCUCCAUCACAAAUACAAACCCCAUGUGACGUUUUGAAGCAAGUGCCUUGUCCUCUUUCCCCGCCUCUACUUUCCACAGUGUGAAAUAUCCGUAACGGGCACGUCACUUUGUCAAAUUGUAGCACAGAAUGUAACUGCGCAGAUAUUUUAUCUAUUGACAGUCAUGUGAUGUAGCCAGUUGAGGAUGUGCUUUCUUCCGUCAAAUGUUACAUAAAUAGGCUAUGUUUUUUCAUAACCCGUUCAGUAUACCCGCUUUCCAGAGGAACCCAACCUCCCACCCCCUGCCCAUCCCGUCAGGAUAAAGCAGAUGUUAAGAUACAGUGAGUUUGAAUCACCACUUGACCUAGAAUUGCUGUUUAAUCACUCUAUCCUCACUCCGGGUCUGACCUGAUUACACCCUCUGUCAACAUAAGCCAGCUGGAUUGCUCGAACCGGAAUGCUCAUUGUGCUGUGGGCCAGGGGGUGUGGUGGGGUUUUCGGGUCAGAAACAUAAUAACUUUACAUCCGAAAUACUGAAGCCUGGGUACAGUGUUUUUUCUUGUCUGCUCUCCUGUCCUAUACACUGAACAAGUAUCACAGAAUAUUUAUUUAUUUUUAUACAAAUGUGUGAUAGCUCACAUAGAGGAGGGUUUCUUUGUUAAAUGCACAAAAAGAGCACUAAAGCUUUGUUUAUGCUUGACGCAAGUACAUUCCGCACGGAAAUGAGACAUGCGGAGUCUGGCUGGCACCACUAACAGCCUUUCAUAACCUGCCUGGCUUGCCGCGGAGUGUAGUCGAUAUUCUUCGAGACAAUAGGAAGCAGUGAAGAACGUCGUCUGCAUAUGAACAAUACAUUACCAAAGUAGAAGUAAUAAAUGACUAUUUUUUUAAAUUCAAUAAACAAUAGUUAACAACAGUUUGGGUUGAACAGUCAGCAUGCAUUUAACAUCAAUAAAUAAAAAGCAAAGAAUUGGGCAGUAGAAAACACUGUUGUUUACUAGAGCUACACACUAGCGGUGUGGUUGCAGAAAUGACGUCAACUUUCUUUCCGCGCGGAGCCGUGCAGACGUGCAAAUGCAUCAAUCAUAACCAAGCUUUAGAAAUACUGUCUCUUACACAGUACUAUUGUCUUGCAAGAUGCAUUGCACUAAUCAGAUGCCACAAGAAGGUGCAUGACAAUCAACUGAGUCCUGCUGUAUUGUGUUUCUUCCUACGCCAAAUAUACAAACUGCUCAAAUUUGUAUGAUCUGAACAUAUGUCGCAAACUGGACUGGUUUAGAAUGUUGCAUAAAAACACAUCUCCCUUUUGCGACUCUCUUCUGUGACGCUAAGCAAGACUUUCAGCGACUGACUUUAUUCAGGAUUCCAUGUAAGCACACACGCUGUAACUUCUUCUUUUUAACCUAACUUGAUUUUAUUAUUUAUUCUCUUCAUCCUGUACAUAGUCAUGUUGCAUUCUAUAUUUUGGUUUUGUGUGCCUUCGGUGCUGUACAGACCAUAAAACAAAGUUGUAACUAAUGAACAGAGAAAAUAAAGAGUACAACACAAA